CUCAAGAGGGCAUGUCCAAUGUCGUUGGUCGCUCUCCUACCCAACAAGUCUCGACCCAAGCCCUCACGCGCUCCUGGGUGCAGCCGGACUCUUCGGUUUGGCGUCCUGUGUGUUACUGUAACUGCUAUUCAUCUAUAGUAAUAAAUAAGUGAUCGAUGCAAAUCGUGGAAUGCCUUCGUCAUCUGCUUGUCUACUUACUAACCCUACGUACGCACGCCUGUGCGAUGUCAAACACCACGAGGGCGGCGCUGAGAAGGAACACGCACACCCACACGCAACGCGCACGUGUGGUCCCCUCGAACGAUGUCAGCCACUCGUUCCCUACCAAGAUCUCGCUGUCUCGGUAUCUCUCUGCAUCUAUCUAUAUCUCUCCCCUUUUUCUUUUCUAUUCUGUCUCCUCUCCCUUCCCUCCGUCGCCAUCCGCGGGCGUCCGCCUCACUUCUGCCUUCGAUUCGUCCGCGCAUACGAUCAGAUCAGAUCAGAUAGCCAGGUGGUAAUAUAAGUACGAAAGGAGAAAGGAAAACUCUUGGUUGUUUCACCCACGAUCGCGAUUCCAACGUCAGAUCAACAACCUCAACAAGUCGUAUCGCCAUGUAUUGUCGUUGUUGCUCUUCGGACAUUUUGGGAUCGGCCGGAACUUCUAAAGCGUCAGUCCCUCCUCGGAAUAUCCUG